AGGCAUAGAUUCAUUGGUUGGAAUUCAUAUAUGGAAACAUGAAGUUUCAAGUGUGCAUUUUGGCAUUGGUUCUCUUGGCCGCAGUUUCCAGAGCUGGAAAGUUGCUGGAUGGUCCUUAUGGACCAGAUUUGAUUAAUUGCAAGAGAAACUGGGUGGAAGUGUGUGAGACCCCCAAAAGGUUCACAGAUUGCAUGCUGAAGCUCUUGUUGGCUAAUGGCAAUGAGCUGGUGACCAACCCUGAGGGGAUCCCUCUUUUGGGGAUCCCUUCUUUCAAUCCCAUGGUCAUUGAGCGCUUUGACAUGGACAGGACUGACCUCCCUGUCAAAGGAUCUGCCACCAACAUCAAAGUCUACAACGUUUCCAACAGUCUCAACCACGAAAAUACAACAGUGACGUUUGACCCAGAAAAGAAGCUGAUGACAAUCAAGGUGGCAGCAAAGCUGUUGUACAUUGAGUGUGAUGUAGUUGUCAAGAUUUACGCCUACAUGAGAGACAAGAAAGCUGGAGGCUUGAUAAUUGAAAAAGCUGUGGGUGACCUUGACAUAGGUUCAUCAUCAUCUCAGUUCCAAUCAGAUAAUCCUGAUGACCCCAUAGCCAAAUUCAUGAACAUCAUUGCUGAUCACGAGGCCAUGGUUCCAAUGAUCAGAGGAUUGUUGCCGCCAUUUGCGAAACAAUUCGCAGCCCUUCUUGGCAAAUUGUAUCACCAAGGAUGGAAGCGAUUGGAGGACCUUUGAAACCCACAACCUGACCUGACUCAUUCUCUAUAUCUCUUGCUCCCACGCUUUUUUUUUUGCGCAGAAAUAUUCAAAACCUGAUUCAAAAAAAAAGAAAAAGAAAAACCUUGUGUCUCGUGAUCGCUUGCAUGUUUCGAUCGAAUCACAAAUAAAACUUUCAAAAAAAAGUGAAAACAUA